GGCAACAUCGCUUUUAGCAGUAAGAAGUAUGGAGUCUCAUUUUAACAUUGUAAUAAAUCAAAAAACGAAGUCAUUAAAAUUUUUUUAAAAAAAUUGGUUUGAAUGUUUAAAAUGCAAAGAGAAGAAAAACAAUUAGAUUCUGCUUUGGAGGCAAUUAUUAUGAGAGUAAAUGAUUUAAAGAGUGCAAUUGCUGCAAUGAUAUUUAAAUUAGAACAUGAAUAUGAAACAUUGAAUUGGCCUAAUUUUCUUGAUAAUUUUGCUCUUAUUUCGGGACAUUUGACUAGUCUUUCAAAAAUUCUUGGACAUGAUAAGGCACCAAAUUUAAGAAACUUAACAGUUUUACCAUUAAGAUUAAGUCCAGAGAAAGAUGAAGAAUUGCUUCGUUUAACUGAAGGUAGAAUUCCCACAUUUGCUCAUGAUUUAGUACCAGAUUAUCUACGAACUAAAGUAGAACCUCAAGCUGAACAAAAAAUGAUGCAGCUUGAAGCAAAAGCUGCAAAUUUAAAUUAUGAAACAUCACAUGACUGCAAUAAACAAGUGGCUCAAUACACAAAAGUUAUUAAUCAUGUAUGGGAUAUAGCAAAUAAGGCACGUGAAGAAUGGGAAAGUGAAGCUGGUUCUAGAGCAACUCAAGCUCAAACCAGCAGUACAGCAGAUACUCAUGCUCUUGUAGCCGCUGUGGGUAUGGGUAAAGGUUUAAAGUCCGAUUCUGUUCAAAUGGUACAAUCAGGUGUAAAUUCAGUACCUAGUGGAAUGAUAGUAGGAAGACCUGGAAAUCAGCAACAAACUCCAGGACAAUCAUUAGGAAAUCCACCUAUGGGACAAAUGACUAAAGCUCCAAGUACAAUCAAAACCAAUAUCAAGGCAGCACCACAAAUUCAUCCAUAUAGAUAAAAAUAUUAACUUUAAUAUAAUAUUUUUCAAAUUGAAAAUUAUUUUCAUUUUAAUUUAUUAUUUUUUAAUAUAUAGCAAGUAACAUUAAAAUAAUUUGUUCUUUUUAUUUUUAAAUAAAAUAUUUACAUAUAUAUAAUUAUAUAUAUUGUAAUUAAAAUCAUAUUUUUAAUAUCAGUAUUACAUUGUAAAAUAUAAAAUAUAAAAUCAUACAAAUUACGGCUAUACUUUAUAAUAAUGUACAUUAAAAAUAUAAAUAUAAUAUUGAUUAUAUUUUAAAUAAAUUCAUGUAAGAAAUUCAU